AUGACUAACCAGCAAUUACAUAAUAACUUUCAAAGAUUCUGGAAAAUCGAGCAUUAUGCAAUUAAAAGGGAUCAACCAGAACUUGAUUCACGCAACGAAUGUGAGCAGCACUUUCUGUCAACAAUUAAGCGUGACUCUGAAGGACGAUUCGUCGUGACAUUUCCCUAUAAGGACGAGGUCAAUGAACUUUGGGACUCUCUGAAAAUGGCAGAAAAACGGCUAUUCGCGAUGGAGCAUGGUUAUUUUGAUGGAUCUGCAAGAACUUCUUCCGGUCUCUCAUUAAAUGAAGUUCAUCGAGUCGGUCCCGUGGUGCAAAAUGACCUUUUUUCGAUUACCAUGCGAUUUCAUCAGUAUCCUAUUGUACUGUCUGUCGAUAUUGCGCAGAUGUAUCGGCAAAUUAAGGUUACUGAAAAUCAACAAGAUUUACAGAGAAUUUUGUGGAGAAAGGACGCUUCUGAACUAAUUCAGCAUUUUCGACUCACCACAGUCACCUACGGUACCGCUUUAGCCCCUUUUUUAGCUACGCGAAACUUACGUAAAAUUGGCGGAGACAACAAGCAAGGCUACCCCAGCGCCAGUCAGGUCGUUAUGAGAGAUUUCUACGUGGAUGAUUUACUUACUGGGGCAAACACUGUGGAGGGAGCAAGGCAACUCAAAACGGAACUUAUUCAGCUCCUCUCUGCAGCGGGAAUAAAUUUUCGAAAAUGGGCGAUAAUAACCCAUACGUAUUCGAAGAAUUGA